UCACUUCCGGUCUGGGGCCUGCGGCGGCGGCGGUGUCGGCGGCGGCGGCGGCGGCGGCGGCAGCGGGUCGGUGUAGAAAAUGGCGCUGGUGCAGCGGCUCGGGCCUCUCCCCGCGGCGCUGCGGAGGGCUUGAGGCUCGCGAGCCUCCUUCGCCGCGCCCCACUUGCUCGUGCACUUUACACACAUGAGAGAAUUGGAAGCUAAAGCUACCAAAGACGUAGAAAGAAAUCUUAGCAGGCCACUGAACAAAAAAUCAAAGCUGCAGAGUGGGAAAGCAACAGAAGUUGGAAACACCUUUCUUUGGAAUUUUCUUGAUGUAGAGAAUUUUCUAAUCUACUUUGAAGUUUCAUCAGUGCCAGAACAGAUAAAGCCCAGUGUAAGCCAGCCUCAGCCUGCCAACUCUAAUAACGGCACUUCCACAGCAACCAGCACUAAUAAUAAUGCCAAGCGAGCUACAGCCAACAAUCAGCAGCCACAACAGCAGCCGCAGCAGCAGCAGCAGCCACAGCAGCAGCCGCAGCAGCAGCCACAGCCGCAGCAGCCACAGGCCUUGCCUCGGUAUCCUCGUGAAGUACCUCCACGAUUUCGCCACCAGGAACACAAACAGCUUCUAAAGAGGGGUCAGCAUUUUCCUGUCAUAGCAGCAAACCUUGGAUCUGCUGUUAAAGUGUUAAACAGCCAGUCAGAAAGCAGUGCUUUAACAAAUCAACAGCCACAAAAUAACGGAGAGGUGCAGAACAGCAAAAACCAGUCAGAUAUAAACCACAGUACUUCAGGAUCCCAUUAUGAAAAUUCCCAGCGGGGACUUGUGUCUUCUACAAGCGAUUCUAGCACAAACUGUAAGAAUGCUGUUGUAAGUGACUUGUCGGAAAAAGAAGCAUGGCCCUCAGUCCCUGGCAGUGAUACGGAGUUGGCUUCAGAAUGUAUGGAUGCUGAUUCUGCCUCCAGUUCUGAAUCGGAAAGAAACAUCACUAUCAUGGCUUCAGGGAACACAGGUGGUGAAAAAGAUGGCCUUCGGAAUAGCACUGGACUUGGUUCCCAAAACAAGUUUGUAGUUGGUAGCAGCAGCAAUAAUGUGGGCCAUGGAAGUAGUACUGGGCCAUGGGGUUUUUCCCAUGGAGCCAUAAUAAGCACAUGUCAGGUCUCUGUGGAUGCUCCUGAAAGCAAAUCUGAAAGUAGCAACAAUAGAAUGAAUGCUUGGGGCACUGUAAGUUCUUCAUCAAAUGGAGGGUUAAAUCCAAGCACUUUGAAUUCAGCUAGCAACCAUGGUGCCUGGCCAGUAUUAGAGAACAAUGGACUUGCCCUAAAAGGGCCUGUAGGGAGUGGUAGUUCUGGCAUCAAUAUUCAGUGCAGUACUAUAGGCCAGAUGCCUAACAAUCAGAGUAUUAACUCUAAAGUGAGUGGUGGUUCUACCCAUGGUACCUGGGGAAGCCUUCAGGAAACUUGUGAAUCUGAAGUAAGUGGUACACAGAAGGUUUCAUUCAGUGGUCAACCUCAGAAUAUUACCACUGAAAUGACUGGACCAAAUAACACUACUAACUUUAUGACCUCUAGUUUACCAAACUCCGGUUCAGUGCAGAAUAAUGAGCUGCCUAGUAGUAAUACAGGGGCCUGGCGUGUGAGCACAAUGAAUCAUCCUCAGAUGCAGGCUCCAUCAGGUAUGAAUGGCACUUCCCUUUCUCACCUUAGCAAUGGAGAGUCAAAAAGUGGAGGCUCUUAUGGUACUACAUGGGGUGCCUAUGGUUCUAAUUACUCUGGAGACAAAUGUUCAGGCCCUAAUGGCCAAGCUAAUGGUGACACUGUGAAUGCAACUCUAAUGCAGCCUGGCGUAAAUGGGCCUAUGGGCACUAACUUUCAAGUUAACACAAACAAAGGAGGUGGUGUGUGGGAAUCUGGUGCAGCAAAUUCCCAGAGUGCAUCAUGGGGAAGUGGAAAUGGCGCGAAUUCUGGAGGAAGUCGAAGAGGAUGGGGAACCCCUGCACAAAACACUGGCACUAAUUUACCCAGCGGUGAGUGGAACAAACUGCCUAGCAAUCAGCAUUCCAAUGACAGUGCAAAUGGCAAUGGUAAGAAGUUUACAAAUGGAUGGAAAUCUACUGAGGAAGAGGAUCAGGGUUCUGCCACAUCUCAGACAAAUGAGCAAAGCAGUGUGUGGGCCAAAACAGGAGGUACAGUGGAGAGCGAUGGUAGUACAGAAAGCACUGGACGCCUUGAGGAAAAAGGAACUGGAGAAAGUCAGAGUAGAGACAGAAGAAAAAUUGAUCAGCACACAUUACUCCAAAGCAUUGUAAACAGAACUGACUUAGAUCCACGUGUCCUGUCCAACUCUGGUUGGGGACAGACUCCUAUUAAGCAGAAUACUGCCUGGGAUACAGAAACAUCACCUAGAGGGGAACGAAAGACUGACAAUGGGACAGAGGCCUGGGGAAGCUCUGCAACACAGACUUUUAACUCAGGGGCAUGUAUAGAUAAGACUAGCCCUAAUAGUAAUGAUACCUCAUCUGUAUCAGGGUGGGGCGAUCCCAAACCUGCUCUGAGGUGGGGAGAUUCCAAAGGCUCAAACUGCCAGGGGGGGUGGGAAGAUGAUUCUGCUGCUACAGGAAUGGUCAAGAGCAAUCAGUGGGGGAAUUGCAAAGAGGAGAAGGCUGCAUGGAAUGACUCGCAAAAGAACAAACAGGGAUGGGGUGAUGGACAGAAAUCAAGCCAAGGGUGGUCUGUUUCUGCCAGUGAUAACUGGGGAGAAACUUCAAGGAGUAACCAUUGGGGUGAGGCCAAUAAGAAAUCCAGCUCAGGAGGUAGUGACAGCGACAGGUCCGUUUCCGGUUGGAACGAACUUGGUAAAACUAGUUCUUUUACUUGGGGAAACAACAUAAAUCCAAAUAAUUCAUCAGGAUGGGAUGAAUCUUCUAAACCUACUCCUUCCCAGGGAUGGGGAGACCCUCCAAAGUCUAAUCAGUCUCUAGGUUGGGGAGAUUCGUCAAAGCCAGUCAGUUCUCCAGACUGGAACAAGCAACAAGACAUUGUUGGAUCUUGGGGAAUCCCACCAGCUACAGGCAAACCUCCUGGUACAGGCUGGCUGGGGGGACCUAUACCAGCCCCAACAAAAGAAGAAGAACCCACAGGCUGGGAGGAACCAUCCCCAGAAUCUAUACGUCGCAAAAUGGAGAUUGAUGAUGGAACUUCAGCUUGGGGAGAUCCAAGCAAAUACAACUACAAAAAUGUGAACAUGUGGAACAAAAACGUCCCAAAUGGCAACAGCCGUUCAGACCAGCAAGCACAGGUACAUCAGCUGCUAACGCCUGCAAGUGCCAUCUCAAACAAAGAGGCAAGCAGUGGCUCUGGCUGGGGUGAGCCCUGGGGGGAGCCUUCUACUCCAGCCACAACUGUGGAUAAUGGUACUUCAGCAUGGGGUAAGCCCAUAGACAGUGGUCCCAGCUGGGGGGAACCCAUUGCUGCGGCAUCCAGCACAUCCACGUGGGGCUCCAGCUCUGUUGGUCCACAAGCAUUAAGCAAAUCUGGGCCAAAAUCUAUGCAAGAUGGCUGGUGUGGUGAUGAUAUGCCAUUGCCUGGAAAUCGCCCCACUGGCUGGGAAGAGGAAGAGGAUGUAGAGAUUGGAAUGUGGAAUAGUAAUUCAUCUCAAGAGCUUAACUCAUCUUUAAAUUGGCCACCAUAUACAAAGAAAAUGUCAUCGAAGGGUCUGAGUGGCAAAAAAAGGAGAAGGGAAAGGGGAAUGAUGAAAGGUGGAAACAAACAAGAAGAAGCGUGGAUAAAUCCAUUUGUUAAACAGUUUUCAAAUAUCAGUUUUUCGAGAGACUCACCAGAGGAAAAUGUACAAAGCAAUAAAAUGGACCUUUCUGGAGGAAUGUUACAAGACAAACGAAUGGAGAUAGAUAAACAUAGCCUAAAUAUUGGUGAUUACAAUCGAACGGUCGGGAAAGGCCCUGGUUCUCGGCCUCAGAUUUCCAAAGAGUCUUCCAUGGAGCGCAAUCCUUAUUUUGAUAAGGAUGGCAUUGUAGCAGAUGAAUCCCAAAACAUGCAGUUUAUGUCCAGUCAAAGCAUGAAGCUUCCCCCUUCAAAUAGUGCACUACCUAACCAGGCCCUUGGCUCCAUAGCAGGGCUGGGUAUGCAAAACUUGAAUUCUGUUAGACAGAAUGGCAAUCCCAGUAUGUUUGGUGUUGGAAACACAGCAGCACAACCCCGGGGCAUGCAGCAGCCUCCAGCACAACCUCUUAGUUCAUCUCAGCCUAAUCUCCGUGCUCAAGUGCCUCCUCCAUUACUCUCCCCUCAGGUUCCAGUUUCAUUGCUGAAGUAUGCACCAAACAACGGUGGCCUGAAUCCACUCUUUGGCCCUCAACAGGUAGCCAUGCUGAACCAGCUAUCCCAGCUAAACCAGCUUUCUCAGAUCUCCCAAUUACAGCGAUUGUUAGCGCAGCAGCAAAGGGCGCAGAGUCAGAGAAGCGUGCCUUCUGGGAACCGGCCACAGCAAGACCAGCAGGGUCGACCUCUUAGCGUGCAGCAGCAAAUGAUGCAACAAUCUCGUCAACUUGAUCCAAACCUGUUGGUGAAGCAGCAGACUCCACCAUCUCAGCAGCAGCCACUCCAUCAGCCAGCCAUGAAGUCUUUCCUUGACAAUGUCAUGCCCCACACUACACCUGAGCUGCAAAAAGGGCCAUCACCAAUAAAUGCUUUCAGCAACUUCCCUAUAGGCUUGAACUCAAACUUGAAUGUAAAUAUGGAUAUGAACAGUAUUAAAGAGCCACAGUCAAGACUAAGGAAAUGGACAACAGUGGACAGCAUUUCUGUGAACACAUCUUUGGAUCAAAACUCCAGCAAACAUGGUGCUAUUUCAAGUGGUUUCAGGCUGGAAGAGUCUCCAUUUGUUCCCUAUGACUUUAUGAACAGCAGUACUUCACCAGCCAGUCCUCCAGGUUCAAUAGGAGAUGGCUGGCCACGUGCCAAAUCGCCUAACGGCUCUAGCAGUGUUAAUUGGCCACCAGAAUUUCGUCCUGGUGAGCCAUGGAAAGGUUAUCCAAACAUUGACCCUGAAACUGACCCUUACGUCACUCCUGGCAGUGUCAUAAACAAUCUUUCAGUUAAUACUGUGCGGGAAGUUGACCACCUCAGGGACAGGAACAGUGGGUCAUCCUCAUCCUUGAACACCACGCUGCCUUCAACUAGUGCCUGGUCAUCCAUUCGUGCCUCCAACUACAACGUUCCCCUCAGCAGUACAGCACAAAGCACUUCAGCCAGAAAUAGUGAUUCCAAAUUGACAUGGUCUCCUGGUUCAGUUACAAACACCUCUCUGGCUCAUGAGCUGUGGAAGGUCCCUUUGCCACCUAAAAACAUCACUGCUCCGUCCCGUCCACCUCCGGGACUGACUGGUCAGAAGCCACCCUUGUCUACGUGGGAUAAUUCUCCCCUUCGUGUAGGUGGAGGAUGGGGAAAUUCUGACGCCAGAUAUACCCCAGGUUCCAGCUGGGGUGAGAGCAGCUCAGGGAGAAUAACAAAUUGGCUUGUUCUAAAAAACCUUACACCUCAGAUCGAUGGCUCAACUCUGCGCACUCUGUGCAUGCAGCACGGCCCACUGAUCACAUUCCACCUGAACCUCCCUCACGGAAAUGCUCUGGUCCGCUACAGUUCAAAAGAAGAGGUAGUGAAGGCACAAAAGUCUCUGCACAUGUGUGUACUGGGGAACACUACUAUUCUUGCUGAGUUUGCCAGUGAAGAGGAGAUCAGUCGUUUCUUUGCACAAAGCCAGUCUCUGACCCCUUCUCCCGGCUGGCAGUCUCUUGGGUCCAGCCAGAGCCGGCUGGGCUCCCUCGACUGUUCCCACUCAUUCUCCAGCCGGACCGAUCUCAAUCACUGGAAUGGUGCUGGGCUGUCGGGAACUAACUGUGGAGACCUUCACGGCACUUCACUCUGGGGGACCCCGCAUUAUUCCACAAGCCUGUGGGGUCCUCCAAGCAGCAGCGACCCCCGAGGAAUUAGCAGCCCAUCUCCCAUUAACGCUUUUCUUUCUGUUGACCACCUGGGUGGGGGUGGAGAGUCCAUGUAACAGUGUAGAUGCAGACUCACCGACCGGGACCUCAGACGCGAGGGAAAGGAGCACUAAGUGGGGCUCGCCGCCUGCAGCCAGGGGCCGCCUGUGGGAACAGCUAUUCUCUGCACAUUUUCCACUUUGUUUUCCCCAAAACAUAUCAGUUUGAAUACUUGAAUCAUGCAGGCCAAUAUUAUAAUGUGAAAAGGUAUCUACUCUAUUACACUCCCAAAUAGCGCCAUACAUGCUAAACCGUAGAGAAUGAGCUCGCUUGUGUCUAUUCAUCAUGUUUAGCCUUUGGAUUCUUUUUUUUUUUUUCUUCUUCCUUCUAUUCCUCCUCCCCUCCCCUUUUUUUCUCUCUUGCAAAACCAUUUUUUGGGCUGAUACCGUAUGAGCUUUUCCCUUUGCACUGAAUGAUGUUCUCUCCGUCUCAUCGGCAGUAUGGGGGCAGCUGUCCCAGUGUCAAUGUUUACUCAAGGGUGUUCUUAGGAGGCGUGCGCUCUCUACUAUGCCUUGAUGUUGCCUACCUUAUUGUGGUAUCGUGGAGUUUAAAAGAUCAAGUUAGGACUGACUUAGGAUUAUUAAUGAAAGUGUUGCACCAGUUUUUUCAUGUUGUAAAACUAAAGAAUUUCGCUCUGCAGUUUGAAAAACUGUGGCCACAGCUGUGACUUGCAGCCCACCUGCCACCCAGGACGGGCCCUGCACUUUGAAUAGGCUUUCCAUUUUGUUUUGGAGGUUCCCACGUUGAACCUUCUUGUUUACAGAUUUUUUUGUUUGUUUUUUGAGAAAAAAAAAUGUUUACUCUUCCAUCAUUUAAAAAAAAUGUAAAAGACAAAAAAAAAAUGGAGGAUGAUUUAAAAGAUGCUUUCUAUCUCUGGGAAAAAGGAGCAGCAUUUGGCCAUGUUCUUUUGUUUUUCUAUUCCUGUCCCAAAUCAAAGAGCAUGGUUCUCAGGAAAACCAGUUCCCCAGUUAAAAAAAAAAAUUUUAAAAAUUAAAAAAAAAUAAAUAAACUCCUUGUAGUUUCUUAUAGGAAAAAAACAAAAACCCCAACUUUUAGCACUGAUACUACAUAUUGCUCUGUUAAAGAAUUUUCUCUGCCAAAAAAGAAAAAACAAAAAACAAAAAAACGCUUAAAGCUGGAGUUUGACAUUCUGCUUUCAGAUGCUGUCUUUUUAUUAGUGAGUGAUGAUGGUUUGCUAAUAAUCAGUAGGUAAUAAUUUUUUGUAAUCCCAUCAAGUGGCUCCAUAUGUUUCUGCUCUCUUGUGACUGUGUUAAUGUUUAACUGUUGUACCUUAAAGCCGAAAUCAGUAACUAUGCAUACUGUAACCAAGGUAUUGGGCUUACAGAGUUGUUUGUUGUAUAAAGAAAAUUUUAAAUGUUGUUGCAAACUAACGAGUUACACCAUUUUAAACUUUCUUUCCUCCCCCCCUUUUUUUGCCCACAAAUGGUAUUAUAAUGCUUGCUUAGUCAAAGAAGAGAGACUAAACAAGGGUAAAAAUUUUAACAGUACAGAAUUUGCCAUCAUUUCAUUGCCUUGAUUCUAACUGUUUGUGUCCUAAGAUGCAAAAGAAGUCAGUGGCUUUUAACUGUUUACAAAUAGAAUGUGAUUGUAAAAUGUACAGUUUGGUUGUGUUUGAAUUAUGAAAUUUCUUCGGAUAUAAUAAACCAUGACUUUUUGGCUGCUCAACAUUAAUUGUCUCCUUUUUGUGAAUUUAUUUGUAGGCUCUUUUUUAUAAUGAAAGUUUCAAAGUUGCUAUGUAUGAGGGUUCUCAUAGAGCAACCGAUUAAAAAUUUAAGCAAAUAUUUGAACAUUUUAUCUGAACUCAUCACAAUUUCACCCUGAAAUAAUGUGAGAACAAUGGGAAACUGUAGCUUGCUCCUUCCCACCCUCUCUGAGCAUCUUUGGGAUCUUGUUGCUCAAAACUCUUCUGUGACUUCAUCUUCCCCACCAUUUGUGCCCAUCUCAAGCCUCAGCAAGAAACCAUGUGGAACAUGAAGCUUAAUGACUUGACAGUGUACUAGUGUUAAACUCUCAUACCUCUGUUACAAAGCGAGAAACGCCACACCCGGACUGGCCUUUUCUUCCCCCUUCACGGCCCUCACUUCUCCCUGCAGGAGCUCGGGGGCGAAACCUGUGUAUGGAUUUCAGUGUAUGACUUCAGAUCAUGCUCCAACUUGCCAGGUGUAAGCUAAUGUUGUCGGACACCUUACUAUAAGCAAAUGUUAUUCAGUGCGUUCAAUGUAUAUUGACUUCCAUACUGGUUUUUCCAAAAACCAAAGGUAGCUUUGAAAAACCAUGUCUGGAAAUGUUUGGAGCGUUAAGCUGAUUGACCUUCUGACCUUGGGGCUUUGAGUAGUAUAUAAUUCAUAACUGCGUUACUUGUAUUGUUAAAGUGUUUGGGAGUUUUUUGCGCUUGUUAUGUGGAAAUAAAGUGUUUGAUUUAAAAUUUUU